AUAACGAUAAACACACAACAAAAAAACAUUUGCGUAAGAGGAACGAAAAGUAAAUAAAUAAUUUAUUUGCUUUGAAGAUGCACACCGAUUUGUCGGCUCAUUUGCAUAGCGUGGAGUGCAACAAACUAAUUGAAGAACUGAAAGCCUGCCACGACAAUCACGGUUUCGGCAAGUUCAUCGGCAUUUGUAACUCAAUCGACGAUCAAGUCAUAAAGUGCUUAAAAGCGGAACGUGUGGCUCGCUCAGCUGCGAAUCGUGCCAAGGCUCGAGAGCGUCAGUCCAGAUAUAAAGAGAAAUUAUUACAAGAAGAAGCCAACUAA